UGCUUCCUCCUCCCUCGUCUCGACCCGGCUCGCCCCUGUUAUCCGUCUCGUCUCCCACCGCUGCGCGCGCGAGAUAGACUCUGUCGCAUCUCGAUCACCAACCGGGCCAUUCCAUUCGUGUGGGUUUGCUCAUUUUGGCUGGGAUUUCACGCGGGACCGAUCACCGCACGCCGGUGUGCGCGUGCGUCUGGCGCACGGCCGGCGUCCUCCUCCCAACGCGCCGGAAAUAGGCAGGCGGUGCAUGCAUGAGCAGGAAGAGGAGAGAAGGAGGCGGCGGCGGAAGAGGCGCUGGGCCGGUGGACCAUCACGGCGGCGGCAAGGGGUCGGAGGCCGGCGCUGCCGCCACCGAUGCCGUGUCCAUGGACGGCGGCCUCCGCGAGGUGUCUGUCCCCGUCGUCUUCUCGGUUUGGUGCCUCCUCUUCCUCCUGCGAUCCCAGUUCCUCCACAGCCAGGCCGACGACGACCCUUCGUCAGAGUUCUACGAGGAGCACGGCAUGCGCGACAGCUACUGCAAGGUGAGGCCGUUGGAGGCCUACGUGCUCCCCUACCAUAACGACUCGUGUCAGUCCUCCUACUCGCACUCACAGCCGCCCCAAGAAGCGCCCUCGUCGUCCGCGCUCGCGUCGCCGCAGUACAAUGCCACCACCGGCGGCAACGCGUCGUCGCCCGAGGCGGCGUUCGUGGGCCUCGACGAGUUCCGCAGCCGCAUGAUGCAGGGCAAGGCGGAGAACGACACCGGCCCGCCCACGGAUGGCGGCGUCGCGCACCGCCUCGAGCCCAACGGCGCCGAGUACAACUACGCCGCGGCGGCCAAGGGCGCCAAGGUGCUCGCGCACAACAAGGAGGCCAAGGGCGCCGCCAACAUCCUCGGCGGCGACAAGGACAAGUACCUGCGCAACCCGUGCUCCGCCGCCGACAAGUUCGUCGUGGUCGAGCUCUCGGAGGAGACGCUCGUCGACACCGUCGCGCUGGCGAACCUGGAGCACUACUCGUCCAACUUCAGGGAGUUCGAGGUGUACGGCAGCACGAGCUACCCGACGGAGGCGUGGGAGCUGCUGGGGCGUUUCACCGCCGAGAACGCCAAGCACGCGCAGCGCUUCGUGCUGCCGGAGCCCAGGUGGACGCGGUACCUCCGCCUGCGCCUCGUCAGCCACUACGGAUCCGGCUUCUACUGCAUCCUCAGUUACCUCGAGGUCUACGGCGUCGACGCCGUCGAGCGGAUGCUACAGGACUUCAUCGCUGGCGCUGGCGCCGGCGCCGGCGCCGAGGCCGACGCCUCCAGGGACCGCGCGCCCAUCGACUUCGCCAACCGGGACGCCGACUGCAACGACACCACCGCUCAGCAGGAUGGGAACGGCGGCGCUGGGAGGAAUGACAGCACCGCCGGCGACGGCAAGAGCAACAGCUCCAGGAGCGGCGACGCGAAGCUGCCGCCGCAGGUAGCGGCGUUGGCAUCGCCCACGGGGCGGAUCCACAGCGACGGCGUGCUAAAGAUCCUGAUGCAGAAGAUGCGGUCGCUGGAGCUGAGCCUGUCGACGCUGGAGGAGUACACGAGGGAGCUCAACCAGCGGUACGGCGCCAAGCUGCCGGACCUGCAGAACGGGCUCUCGCAGACGGCCGUGGCGCUGGAGAAGAUGAAGGCCGACGUGCACGACCUCGUCGACGGGAAGGACAGCGUGGCCAAGGACCUGGACGACCUCAAGGCCUGGAAGUCGACCGUCUCCGGCAAGCUGGACGAUCUGAUCAAGGAGAACCAGGAGAUGAGGUGGAGCGUCGAGGAGAUGCGGGGCGUGCAGGAGACGCUGCAGAACAAGGAGCUGGCGGUGCUGUCCAUCAGCCUCUUCUUCGCGUGCCUGGCGCUCUUCAAACUGGCGUGCGACCGCGUGUUCUGCCUCUUCGCCGGCAAGGGCAGGGAGGAACCCGACGCGGAGGAGCACACAAGGAGCAGUAGGGCGUGGAUGCUCGUGCUCGCCAGCAGCAGCUUCACCACCCUCAUCGUCCUGCUCUACAACUGAAGCUUUCUAGAGUUUCGCUUGCUAGCACGGAGCAACGUUCUUUUAGCCAUGUUCUUGUCCCCGCAUAGCUCAUUAACUCCCCUCUCAAGUAGAUGGGGUAACGUAUGUACUCACUAUUUCAGAAUAAAGAUGAACACAGGUUCCUUGUUCAUUGUAAAACAA